CAAUCUCAAAAAUCAAAACCCCCCAACACAUAUAUACAUCUUUCCAUUCCAAAGCAAAAACCAAAAAGAAUUUCCCUUUUCUUAAAAAAACUAUCUUCUAUUUGUGUUUCACCAUAAUUUUGUUGCUAUUGUUAUUGUUAACAAAGCAACAAUAAUGCAAAGUGGAAUUAACCGGCAACAUUCUCUGAGGGAGAAGUUCAAAUCUUCCAUAUGUUGUUUCUCAGGAACAUCGCACAAUGAUUCCCUAGAACACGGAGAAGGGUUUUACAGCAAAUUUCAUAUACCUAGGACGCCAAUUUCUCCGGCUGGCUCCACCUCAUCUUUUUCGUGGUUCAAACUAAAGUCACCCACAACCACUGAUUUCGGGAAUGACCCGCAUUCACGUGUGAGGGGACGGAGUCUGAAGUCCCGCAUGAGUCGGAAGCUCCUCCAUAACCGUCAGUCACAGUCCGCGGACUUUAGCUACGACCCUUCCAGCUACGCCCUCAACUUCGAGAGCGAAAGCCCCGAAGAGUUUCCGUUCAGAAACUUCAGCUCCCGGUUGCCGCCGUCUCCGCCGGUGGAAUAUUCCGGCCACUGAUUAAUGAUUUAAUGUUGUGAUUGAUUGAUUAAUUAAACGAUUGUUGAAUUUAAGGGUGGCGCGGGGAUUAGCGAGGUAAAGGUUGGAAUGAAAACGGAAAAUGUAAAUGGUUAUGUGGUGAAUUGUGAAGGUUGUGGUGUUGUGUGGCGAAAUAUGGGUGGAGACUACUUCCCCUUGUAUACAAGACAUUUAUUCUUAUAUAUAAUU